UUUCGAUAAAUGGACCUUAACCAAUUGAAUCAUUAUAACCAAGCUGAACUUAACUUGGUCGGGAACAGGAUUAUUCAGGGAGGAAUCCAGAAGUCUACUCAUGGAGAUGUCUAUGCUGUACGCCAAAAUACGUAUCGAGAUGAGUUAGACAAACAGGUACAGAUGAAGAAAGCAAGAGAAAGUCAGAGUAAAUUUGAGAACUGGACUAAGGAUAAUAUGCAUCUUGAUACUAUCUCUUAUGCUCCUGUUGGUAACCCAAAUGUUAGUAGCAGAAGAAGCAAUCGAGGACAUUUUCAGACAUCAUAUAAUAAUCAUUUCAUUGGACAAAAUCCUGCUCAAGAACAAGCCUUGCGAAAUUCCCAGUCUGUUCCUAUUCUUCCUGGACUAGGAGCACUACCAGGAAGCAACUCAACUGUUAUAAUGCCAGCAUUAGGCGGUGUACAGAUGAUUGGACCAAAUGGAGGAGUAUCAAAUAACCUGAUGCUGCCUACAGCUGGCUUACAGAAUUUUGUACCAGAUCCUUCCUCACUAGUCUCAACGAAUUACUUUGGAUUGCCUGCUCCUCCUGGAUUACCGAACGUUGGGCCUGGCACAACUAAUUUCCCAGGGAUCUCUGUAGCAGGUGCUCCUAGCUCUGGAGCUCAAGCUAUGGGAAUGAAUGCAGGUGAUUGGUCUGAUCCCAAUUUUAAGUCAAUCACUAAGCCCUAUAAGACUGAUAAUACUCUUCAGAAGAAAGCAUAUGCUGAAGAAUUAAGAAGGCAAAUGAUCGAGAAGGAUUUUCAGAAUGCAUCUGAGAAGAAGAAAGCUGAGGAAUGGGAUGAGUACCACGAAAGGAGGAUUCAAAGAGAGAUGGAUCUAGAUUCCCACCGAUCACCCCAAAAGACAUAUUCAAAGAACCGUCCGGUUGAUCCAAAUGGACCACCACCUGAUUUUACCCAAAUGGGAGGCCCUCCUGCUCUUGCUGGGAGUAAAGAGCAAACAGAUCAGUAUGGAUGGUGGAUGUCUGACGGUCCAAAGAAGAGGAGGCCUCAGUCACAUGGGCCGGACUACCCACCACCUCCCUUGCCUUGGCAAGUAGACCCAGAGAACAACCCUAAAGAACAAUUCGGCAAAGAUUACAAAGAAUGGUAUGACAAGAAGGCAGGUAUUGAGAAAGAAUCUGAGAGAGAAGAUGUCCCUAAAUCUGUUCCUGCCAAAGUCUCAGAUAUGGUCAAAAAGCAUAUGGAAAUGGUAAAGCAUAAGCUACUCGAGCGAGAUGAGAAGGUCAAAACUGAGAUGCAACGGGUCAGAGAGGAAGUCGCUGAAAAAGACCUAGAAAGGAAAGAUGCACUUGACGAAUUGCAUAACUUAAAGGUCAAAUUGAAGAACCAGCAGCUUGAUGAAGACAUUCGUCAUAAUUAUAUGUACGAUAUACUUUUUAAAAACUGGAAAGCUAGGGAACGGAAUCUUAAGAAUGGGGACUUAGAGAGAAAACCUUAUAAGCAUGUAUUCCCUGACCUUGAAAAGGUAGAUUUUCGGCUUCCUGAACAUCAGAGAGUAGAUGAUAUGCUUGGCGAUAACAAAAAGAUAUUAAAUAUUGUCACAGAGAAUUACGUGCCUAAUGAGCAUGAUGUUUAUACAAUCAAGAAUGACGUUGAUGAGCAGAUAGAUGCUGAUUUCAACAACAUAGACAGACUUAACAAGGUAAACAAGAAAAGACUGUUUGACAUCGAUAAGAACCUUCCUCGAUCAUCGACUCCUGAUUAUGACGAACUAGAUGGAAACUUAUUUAGCUUCCUUGAUAAAGAAAGUGUUUUUAAGAUUUCCCCUGGAGUUCCCUUGGCAGAGAAAGAAGCGAGGAAUGAGUUGUUUAAUAAGGAUAUCCUCAAAGAUUAUGACCCUAUUGACGCUGACCAGUUUAAAGCUCCUAUUACUGUCUUUAAUAAGAUUGAUACUCAGUAAAU